AUAUAGAGGAACAAUAAUUUGAUAGCCCAGUUGGGUAAAUUUGCCUACAUUCUUUGUUUCAAACGCCACAAGGAAUCAUCAAAGCGCUAUAUAAGCCCGGGCUACCAUGCGAAGAAACUACAAAUCUCGAAAUGAAGGCAACAUCGAUCAUCUUAUCAGGAGUCCUUGUUCUGGCCGCUUGCCUCUUGAGGAGCAGCGAGGCGGUAACCUGCACCGCCGAUCCCACUGUAACGGGAUGCAUCGACUGCACCACCAGUCCAACCGAUCCCGAGUGCGUGGCCGAGGCCAACAAUUCGCCCCCUGCAUCACCCCCUGCACCACCCCCUGCAUCACCCCCUGCAUCACCCCCUGCAUCACCCCCUGCAUCACCCCCUGCAUCACCCCCUGCAUCACCCCCUGCAUCACCCCCUGCAUCACCCCCAACGGACACCACCGCCGGAUCCACCCCGCCGUCUUCGCCGAACACCGCAGACACUUCGUCGCCCAGCGCCCCUUCGCCCACUUCCGGAAAUAACUCUAACCGCCCGGCUACUGCGGCCAGAAGGAGAAGGAGGAUGGCAGCCAGGAGGCGCGCUCAAAGGAGGCGCGCUGCCUCGAGGAGGAGUGCACAAAGGAGGAGGGCCCAAAGGCGCAGGAGGCAAAACCGAGUGGGUUAAAGCCAACAUCGCUAUCGCUCACGAUAAUCGUGUUUUGAUUUAUGCUCAAACGAUUUGAUUGAAUUACAAAAGUACUAAAUAAAACAUGUAACCAGCAUCUUA